AUAAAACACAAAUUUACAGGAAAAAGUCAACCGAGGAAUGUAGACGACAUUCAAAUAGGGCGUGUGUAUACACCUGUGUAUUUUGUAUGCGAGCGCAAACUCAAAUAUACCCGUAAGUAUUGUAAACGGAAUAUACAGGAGGCUCGGUAAUCCCACACGGCUCCAGACAACAUGGCGCAGGACAUUUCUAACCGCUGGAUCCUUCUCAUCGUCCUCUUCAUCGCCCUCGUCUUGGCAGCUGCAGGGUUUGGCACCCCGAAUUGGUACAGAGGUGUUGUGUUAAACACCGUCUCUUUCACAGCAGGAUUCUUCGAUGUGUGUGUUUCGUCGACAUGCUACAACUAUAUAGACUACCUUAAGCUGACAAGAUACAGUGAUGACUACGUCGGCUGUAUAGUGUUCCACGUGUUCGGCCUUGUCCUGGCAGCCGCUGCUGUCCUCCUCGUCCUGUGUGAAGUGUUUAACUGUGAAGAUGACUGCGGGGGACUCAAUUGCCACUCGAUGCGGAGGAGAUUCAUGUAUGUCGCCUGGCUGUGUCUCUUAGGCGGUAUCUGCCUGAUGGUCACGGUGAUUUGGUUUUAUGUGGCCGUCAUACGGGACGGUAACGGAAAAGGAAACCUUGCAGGAACCUUUGACUUGCAGGCCGACUACUCCCUCGGUCUAACAGCCGCAGCUAGCGCCAUUCUCAUUAUAAUUUCUUUAUUCAUCUUUUUUCUCAAACGUCAUUUCACUGACGAAGAGGAACCCUACAAACAACGCCCUAGAAUGAUGCUGGAGCCUGUGUACCGACCUCCGAGCCCAGAACCUCUCCGUACAAUGUCUUACGAGAGACCUGUUCAUUCCAGAUCUAUCGCGGCGGCACCGCAAACUUACAGAAUAGAACAGCCAGCACCUAGAUACGAAGUAGUUGAUAGACCCGCCCCUGUUCGUCUUAGCACAUCCAUCCGACCGCCGUCUCCAACCUAUGUGUCCGCUCCGAAAACGUACAGGUACUCAACUGCGGAGGAACCAGCCUACGUCCCCAGGGCGACCUACGCAGAACGCCGGUAUUAAAAGUACACGAGGAGGGUGCCGUACAUACUCUUAUUUUUGACUGAUUUUUUUUUCUCUCUUUUAUAAAUGUUAAUUAAAAACUAAAAUUGAAAUUAUUUGAUUUGAAAUACUUAGCUUGGCUUAUUGUCUAUGCAAUUAACUGCUUCUGUUGGCAUUUGUAGUCAACAGGUAUGCCAGUUACCUCCAUUGAACAUUGAUAUUGUGUGUGACCAAACAAUAGGCAGUUCAUUACUCAUAUUUUCGUUUAAAAUAUCGGCAUUGUGAAUGUUUGUAAGGUCAUAUAUGUCAGACUUCAUAAAAAGAAGUCUGCCAACAAUGUUUAAGAGAUUUUCUGAUCACUUCUACAAUUUGUGACAUGGGUUUUUCCUUUAUUUUAAAGUUUAUGUGUAUAUAAUUCCAGAAUAUUUAAGGCUUCUAGUUAAAUGUUAUCUUUAUUUUUCGAAGAGGCAGAAUACUUGAAUAUUUUCAUUCGUGAUGGCACGCUCUUGAAAAAAUUGUAUUCAAAAAGUAUUUAUGUUAUGCAAUAUUGAAAUGACCUCACUAUAUUGAUACCGUUAACAGUAGAGAUAUGACAUCCAUGCUUAAUUUGGUGGAGUUAUGAAAUGACAACGCCGUACAGCUAUAUCGUAUGAACAGCGUGUAUUAGUGUGAACACUAUCAACUUGAAGAAAAAGAAUAGGUACAACUGGCCGAGUACAUUGAGUUAAUAUAAUUUAGUUAAUGAAAUGUAUUCUCUACAAGAUAAUUUACAGGGUUCGGAAUGCAUGCGUGUUGAUUAUCAGUCUAAUGUUAGCACAAACGUUCGGUGUUUUUCUUACGUGAGAGUUUCAAAUCGACUCUGAGUUGUGAACUUUGACCUGUUGUGUUGUUCAUAUAUCUGUUUUUUUUCAUUGUUAUAUUACAAUUUGCAAUACCCCUGUACACACGGACAUAUAAUUAAGGAUUUUUAACAAUAAUAUGUCAUAUACAAUAGCAGGAGAUACGCUGAUAUUUCUGGGAGAAGAAUAUUUCUGUGUGGAAUUUGAAUUUGAAAACAAAAUAUAUGAAGUUGAAUACUCAUUCAUUUUCUUUUGUGUUCUUGCAAAAUCCAUGGAAAUCAUAUGAGAUUGUAAAUGUGCUUAGUGUUGGUGUGUUUGACUGAGAGGUUGUUGUGAUUACCUAGAAUGAGCUAAUGGAAAUUCUAUCGUUGUAAUCUUCAAUAAUCAUGGUCUUAAAAUGGUUGAAUUUGAUUUAUUUCUCAGUGAGGUACGAACGGAUUCUGUGAUAACACCUAAAACAUCUUUCGGUUCUCUGGAAAACCUUUUACAAUAUUCAACACUUUUACAAUCACACAUGUCACAACUGUGUCACUGUUAUACUUACAUCAAAUCUUAUAAUAAAAUGUAUACAACA